UAUCAUUUUGGACUCGUUGCUGUUCAGGAUAAUAUCGAGCUGAACUUUCAAAUCAAGAACAUGAGUUCAGAGAUGAGCACCAGUUUUUCAUGGGAUGUCCCUCCACCUUUUACCAUCAUCCCACAAUCAGGAAACUUGUCCCCAAAAUCUUCAUGUACGCUCAAGGCAAGCUUCUCACCUAAAUCUGCUCAAGUUUUCCAUUCAUGUGUGGUUUGCAUUUAUGGAGAAAACAAAGUUAAAAAGAUGAAUAUGGAAGGCAUUGGAAAAUAUCCUCACUUGUGCAUUGAAUGUAAAGAUGGAAAUGAUGGUUCAGUCGACAUUGAUUUUGGACAAGUUAAUAUUUAUCAUGAAAUGGAGAAAUAUGUUGUUGUUCAUAAUUUAUCAAGUGUGAAAGCUGCAUUUAAAGUGAAUCGGUUAAACAACUCAUUGGGGUUGGAUAAUUCCUUCCACUGCAAGAUUGAUGGGGGGUGCGUUCCUCCAAUGGGAAAUACACAAAUCCCGAUAAAAUUUCAACCGAAAUUAGCUGGGCAAACAAGCACUGGUUAUUUUGAAGUGUGUGCUGUUGGUGAUAUAAGCAAGUCAACAUUAAAAUGCACAGGCGCUUGUCUCGGGCCAAUUGUAACAAUCAGUACUUCAAUGAUAAGUUUCGGUGUAGUGAACCCUGGAUGUACUGUUGUCAGAUCAUUUAAAAUAACAAAUGCAUCUCACUGUGAAGCUUAUUACCAGAUUCUUCUAGACACCGAGUAUGGUGUAUUUACUGCUGAUGAAAACAAUGGCAACAUCUCAGCUUCAGAAUCCCAUACGAUUGUUCUUCGUUUCUGCCCCCAACAUUCAAUUAACUAUUACCGGAAAGUGGUCAUUCUUGUCCAUGAUCAGGAGCCAUUAUUCCUUCAAUUACUUGGUACAAGUCAUGAUGAAAUUAACAAACCACCAUUGUUGAAACCAAGUCAUAUUCAUCGAUACCAAACCCACGUAUCUCGUGGUUUAACCUUCAUUCCACCAGAUGUUCUUCACCAACAAUACAGAGAAGGGAAAAUAGUUAAAGAUUCCGAUGGAUGUUUUAACUUUUCCAAUGAAGAAGAAAGUUCAUCAAAUGUUGCUCUGAAUUCCAUGGAUGAAUAUUUUGACGAUGGCCACACCACUUGUGUCACUCAUAAUCCACCACACGUAUCAUUGGACAAAAUUUCCAUUUUUCUUGGACAAGUUCAGUUUAAUAAAGAUGAAGAAGUUGCUUGUCAUGCCAUUGUGAAACUAACCAAUCACACCCGGGGUAACGUCACAGCUGUAUGGGUGGCAGAUCAAAACAAAAUUUUUGGUGUUUCCUCUUCUUCAUGCGAUGUGCCCGCUAUGAAAUCAACUGAUUUUCGAAUUCAUUUUAAACCAACCGCUCCAAACCAGUUCUAUGGCACUCAACUGGAAUGUUACGUGUUUUAUAAGUGUCAAAGGGAUUAUCGUUUAGUUGACGAGACAGUUGUUUGUCCACCAUGGUUGUUAACGCUUGAUGUUUCCGCUCACACCUUCACUGGCAACAAUGAAACUUUUAUUCCCGAAAUUGAGCUUUGUACAAAUAAAGUGUCAUUUCCACCAGUUCCACCAAACCAAAGUUCAUAUCGAACUAUCUUGCUUGAAAAGAAAUCCACUGCUCCGAUACUUUAUCAAUAUCUUCAGAAAUCGAAUGACGCAUUUACUGUGAAACCAACACAAGGCUUGAUUCGAUCGCGAUACAACAUUUCAACUUUACGUUACGUUCCACGUGAUGCCAAUGUUUAUAAUGGAGAUGUUACAUUAAGAGUUAAUGCAAACCCAACGCAUGAUCAGGUAUUAGGACUUAUUGGCUCUGGUGAACAACCUGCUCUGUUGCUUAGCAACGACGGGGAAUUAUUCUUCUGUCCUACAUGUAUUGGCGCGAAGAACGAAGGAAAAUAUCAUGUCCAAAAUAUAGGUCGGAUACCAAUUCAUUUUAAAUGGGUUAUGAAAAAAGAGGAUGCAUCAUGUUUAUCGGUGUCACCAAAUGAAGGAACGAUACAACCAAAUGAAAUACAGUAUCAUUCAUGGUCAUUUCAACCAACAUCUGUUAAGAAGUUUGUUUUCAAACCUUCAUGUUUGGCAUGGCAUGAAAAGCCUGACGCACUUUCUGUUUAUGAUCCAUCUGCUGCACAGAGAUUUAUUCUACGUGUGGUUGGGGAGGGAAACCAAGGAGACAUCAAGUGUGAGAAAAGUCAUGUUGAUUUUGGAUGUGUGAUCGCUGGUUCACAACUAUCUGAAGGACUUGUUCUAUUCAACGACUCACAGUGUGAUUUACAAUUCAAGCUUCACAUUGAACAGUUCGUUAAUUGCCAGUAUGGAGAAGAACCCAAAGAAAAUGAGCCAAUUGGUUUAACGUUAAGUAAAUCAGAAGGAGUGGUUUCUGGUCGUUCAAAAACCUACAUCACUGCAUCUGCUCAUCCUUAUAGAAGAGUUCUUUAUACUUGGGCACUUUAUUAUGAACUGUUAAACGCAGAAGGGAAAAGUAUCAAUUCCAACUCUCGUAUUUUACUUUGUGAACUAUCUGCUGAAGGUGUUUACCCAACGCUGGCUGUCAUUGAUGCUCGAUCCUCUGGAAGUGGCUCAAGUGUUGGGAAAACUCAGUUAUGGAGGUGGUUUAAUGUCGAACAUCUCAACUUAUGCCUGGAUGGUGAUCCAGAUAAAAUGGAGUUGAUACAUUCAAUAAAGACGAGACACAGCCCAGCGCGCCGGCCAAGUGUCCACACAAAGUCAGUUCUUGGAUUCAACUUUGGAGCCGCUUCGGUGGAUUCCGAACCAUGUUACGUUAGUCUCAUGGUUAAGAAUAUGGGCUGCGUUGCCACCAAGUGGCAUUUCCUGUUCCCGAAAGACCUUGAAAUAGAGAUGGGAUAUUGGGCAGAAACUGGGGAGUUUAAUAAAGACGAACUUCAUGAGUUGCAUAUUCAAGAUAAUCAACUGUUUACAGUGAGUCCAAAUAAUGGAGUCUUGAAUGCUGGUGAAGAGAAGGUUAUUGUGCUGAGUUACAAACAUGACGUUGCUGGAACACACCGGUUGCCUGUGUUACUCAAAAUUGAAAACGGACGAGAAAUCUUGUUGAAUUUUAUUGGAGUUACUGUUGAAGCCAGUCGAAAAUAUCUUCAUUUUCCAGCAACAGAACACACGUUUGCUCCAAUUCGUAUAGGAGGCCCUGAUCCUCCAAAACAAGUAAAAAUAUUUAUAUCUUUUUCAAUAUUUUUAAAUGAAUGUAACAUAUUUACCCUCGCGUCGCAGGGCAACUACAGACCUUAUAACAUGGGUGUUCAUACACCUCGUGCCCACUUUGUGGGUGAUUAUUGUUAUGUGUAGUUUUAAUUAGGCUUUGUCUCAG